AAACUCAGGGAGCUGAUGCAGCACAUGAGCUGGAUGACACCAGACGUCACAGUACUUCGCUCUGUUGUCCUCAAAGGCAUUCCCAUUUUACUCGGUGAUGACUCCAGUGAAUUCUACAAGACCUGCUCUGAUGCAGAGAGAGACGAGGCCCUAGAAUGCAUCACUGUUGGUGUGCUGACAGUUGUCAGUGAAGAUGGUCCUCACGAGGGUCAAAGCUCAGUGGACCUCCAGCCCAUCUCCACUGCCAUCAUUCUGGAGGGAGGUAUUGUCAUGGAUCAUAUUAAAAACUUGCCUCAGGCAGUUUGUCUUUUGUUUGGUCUUACAUAUGCAUUGCAUUUGGAUUACCCAAAAUGCAUGGCAAAUACACUCAACUUCAUUCAGACUGUGAUGCUUGGACUGGGAAAGAAAAACCUCCCACCAAAACUGUUAACUCUGAAGAACAGUCUUUACUGUUCUAACCCAGAAGAGCCGUCGGCUGCCACAGUACAACUAAUCCUGCUGGAGCUAACUGUGCCCUGGGAGGAGAGCAUGGAGGAGGCUCAGGAGAGAAAGAAGGAAAAAUACCAGGAGCUAGUGGAGCAGUGUCGGAUGAAUGGGUGGAGGACCAGGUGUAUGCCAGUGGAAGUGGGCAGUAAAGGGUUUGCCAGCUACACCCUGAGCAAGGCCUAUGGUACACUAGUAAUAACAGGCGCCAAGCGAAGAAGAGCCAUAAGUAACAAUGUGGAGGCAGCAGAGAAAGCAUUCAGAUAG